AUCCUGUUACAAGGCAAAAAUCCUGGGAUUGCUUGGGAAUAUACGUUUUCCAAAACCAACAAUGAAAACAAGGCAUCUGUCAAAAAACAUAGCUACUCCUGGGUGACGGUACAGUCUGAGUGCUCAGCUACUUGUGGUGGUGGACACAUUACAGCAAAAGCAAUUUGUUUAGAAGAUCAUCGUACACGAGUUAAUUCCUCCUUCUGUGGCCCAAGGAUGAAGCCUUUAACUGAAACCAAACUCUGCAAUACCAGUCCCUGCCCAGCAUACUGGUCAACAGGUGAAUGGAGUGCAUGCAGCAAAUCUUGUGGAGGAGGGCAGCAAAGUCGUCUGCUUCAGUGUGUCCAGAAAAGGGCUUUCCACAGAGAGGAGGUGGUGGCCCAUUCCCUGUGUCCUGUCAGCACCCCUACGCAGGUGCAGAUGUGCAACAGUCAGGACUGCCCACCUGAAUGGAGCCCUGGCCUAUGGUCUCAGUGCUCCAAGACUUGUGGGAGAGGUGUUAAGAAACGGGAUGUCUACUGCAAAAGUACAGGUUCUCCCAAGGUUAAAAUCUUGCCUGAAAGUAUGUGCAGCAAGGACCAUAAACCUGAAUCCCAGCAGACCUGUGUACUAGGACGCUGCCCCAAAAAUGACCGACUCCAGUGGGUGAUUUCUUCUUGGAGUGAGUGCUCAGCCUCCUGUGGCCCAGGCGUACAAAAGCGAGAACUAAAAUGCGGUGAGAAAAGCAUCCAUGGGAAAUUGAUCACCUUUCCUCAGAGGAGAUGUAGAAACAUCAAGAAACCAAACACCAACCUGGAAGAAGCUUGUAACAAAGGAGCCUGUCCAUCGCAGAUGGUGUAUAACAUGGUGUCUGGCUGGUAUUCCUCACCCUGGCAGCAGUGCACAGUGACGUGUGGAGGGGGAGUGCAAACCCGGACCGUACAGUGCCUGCGCCAAGGAAGACCAGCUUCUGGGUGCUUGCCCCAUCAGAAACCAGCAGUCCUGAGAGCCUGCAAUACGAACUUCUGCCCAGUCCCUGUGAAAAGAGAUGAUCCUUCUUGUGUGGAUUUCUUCACUUGGUGUCAUCUGGUACCCCAGCAUGGUGUCUGUAACCACAAAUUUUAUGGCAAGCAAUGCUGUAAAUCAUGCACAAAGAAGAACUGAUAGCAGCAUGUUAUCUGAACCCUUCAGUGACAGGAUUCUCUGCUUCAAUUUAUGCUGGAAUUAACUUUGCUUUGAGGCAAGACAUGGUGCCACAUAAACCACGGAGGGAAGAGACAUUUUUUCUAAGGGAAUGUCUGAGGUACAGUAAUUGUUGGAUAUGAUGAAAAAAAGGAAUGUUUGUUUCUUUUUUUUUUUCCUUUAUUAACUGACCUCACUAAAGUACAGGGUACUAUGGAUCACUUGAACACUGAGACUCAAGGGGCAGUUCUUUAAAAGUGUCAUUUUGCACUGUCCUACGUUAUGAGGAAGAAAUUAAGGCAAGAAAGCCUUUUCUGUCUAAUUUACCAGAAUGCAAAGCAAAAGAGAUUGGGAGCUCGAGGAGGAAGGUUACAGCACGGCAGCAUG